CCUAAGCCAGUGAAAAAAGAUUAAAAAUUGCAUAACAAUAACUUAUUAUUUUAACUAUAAGAUAAACUUUAAAAAUGGAUAAUCUUUACAUGAAAGGAGAACUUUUACAAAUACAAACAAAGAAUUCAGAAGUUAUUGAAGGCCGUUUUUACAGUAUGACUACAGACAAAUCUAAAAUAUCUUUAUACAAUGUUAAGGAAUUACCUCAAGGUGAGGGGGAUAAAGGUGUUUGCCACUAUUAUGAUUCUGAAGUCAGAAACAUAACUAAAAUUCAUGAAGAAAAUGAGCAAAUAUAUUUGAAAUUAACACAAAAAGAAUGUGAAGAAAUAAUUAAAACUACAAAGAAAUAUAUUUACAUAAAUCAAGUUGAUAAGAAUUUUCAUGCUGCAAUUGAUGAUUUGGCACAGUACAACUAUAUUGCACUGAGCACAGAUGGGGCUAACAUGGGUAGAAAGUGUAAAAUGCCAUUCAUUGUAUUAUCAACUCCUCAACAAAUCUACAUAUUUGAUGUUCAAGUUAUGCAAUAUCAUGCAUUUGAUGCUGGCUUAAAGAAAUUACUAGAAUGUGAAAGCCCUAAAAAAAUAGUACAUGACUGCAGGAAAAUUUCAGACUGUUUGUAUCACAAACAUAAUGUUAAGCUGAAUUCAGUAUUUGAUACUCAAGUUGGACAUCUCAUUGUGUCAAGAAACAAAUCUGGCCGCAUACCAACAACUGUUAAAACAUUGGCAGAAAGUCUGUCUACUUAUCUUGGCAUUAAAAAUAAUAUGAUUGAAGAGCUUGAUAUUGUGCAAUGCACUGAAAGGCCAUUAUCCACAAAUAUUAAAGAAAACCUUGCUAAAAACAUAGCAUUCUUACACCGUCUAUCAGAAAUGAUUAAUGAUGAAAUGAUGUUACCAUUCCAAAGAGGUGUAGAAUGUUAUAUUGAAAAUAUAAGAGCAUGUGAUGACUUCAAAGCUUGGGAAUUAUGUGGCAAGUCUAAGCAAACACCAAAGGAUUUUAAAAGUGCAAUUGAGUAUUAAAUGUUUGUAUGCUUUUAGGUUACAUUCCACAGAGUAAUAAAAAGUAGAAAUAGUUCUU